AUGUCCGAACGAAUGAAUAACUCUUUCGUGAAAGAAGAAGAAAGGGAGAAGAAGAUGGGCGGUUCACAUAAGUUAAGAAUUUCAAUAUUACCGCGCGAUAACUAUAGCAACAAUCCAAAGUAUCGAACAAACCUCGCGCAUGUUUUAGUCGAAUUCAUUAUUAAAGGCUGCGUUCCGCAUUUGAAUACUAUCGGAAUGUCUGCAGAAAAGAAAGAUAAAGAGAGCAAAAAAGUGCCUGAAAGAGUGAUUCCUAUAAAUAAACGUGGUGAUUUUUUCAGAAACGAAGUGGUCGUUGAUAAUAUUCGCAAAGAAACGAACUUCCUCGAAAGCGUAUCGCAACGGUUAUGGUCGCAGAAGUACGAGCAUUUGAAUGGGCAAUUUUUCAAAGAGGUGUUGGCGGAAGAAUGCAGAAAAGCGGGACUUCCGGUGAAUACCUUCGAGCAUGACCCGCUGGAAGACGCGAUGGAACGUUCACCGAUUCCUUUGAAAGCUUCUCCGGCCUUCCCGAGAACGACAUCCGCUCAGAUCGGUCACCGUUCGUCUCGCGCGGAAUACAGCUUGGAAUUUGCGGGUCGUUUAUUUAUCUCGCCAAAGUGGACGAUCGAACCCCCCACGAAAGCUGACGAAUUACGCGUGACGCAACAAAGAUUUAUUUUUCUAGGUUGACGCUCCGA